AUGAAUUCUAAAACUCAACCAACAGCAUCUAUUCAAAAGUUAAUAUUGACUUUGGGAAAACAAUUAUUUAAUAGAGCUAGUUCUAAAGAACAAUUUCAAAAUGUUCGUCUUAUUGAUGAUUUGUGUGAAAAUUCUUCAAAGUUAAGAAGCAUUUUAAUCAGCUCACUAUUACCAAAUCUCAAAAUUUUACCAAACAAUCGAUUGGAAAAUAAGUCAGAAAGAGUAAAAAACUCUUUUCUCAAUAUAACACCAUUGUCUCCAGAUAAACUGGUACAAGCUGAAAAACUUUUAGCUCGUAUCGAACGGUUUCUAAAGGAAAACUCAACUUUACAAUUAAAGAAAACCUCUCUACAAACCAUUUUCAGAAUCUUGGAGUUAAGUUUUAUAGAACAACUAAGUUUUUAUACCAACCUUUUACUGGAUGUCAAUUCUUUGAUUUUCACUGCAACCAAGUUACAAUCGAUACAUGCAGAUCAACCUUCACAUCUACUAGUCAAUAUAAGGGAGUUAAGUCAUGAUGUACCCUGCCUUAUGCUAAUUCUGUUGCAAUCCAACUUUGGUCAGUCGAAAGGUACAGUUGAAAAUUUGAAUGGUCUUGACAAAUUUUCAUCUCCCUCAAAAGAUAACAAGUUCUAUGUUGAACUUUUCAAAACAAUUCAAGAAUUUCAACGAUUCUUAAAUGAAACAUUGGAGACAGAAAUUCAUUGGAUAGAGUCUAUAUUGUCUACUGAUAUUUCAAGUGGAGAUAAAAUAGAUUUAUUAGAGUCACAUUUGAAUUUUAAAUAUACACCUGGAUUAUUAUUGGAGAUAUUGUUGCCAGGAAUUUUAGAUCGAUGCAUCAACAUUAUAGUUUCUCUUGGAAAUGCUUCCGCUGAAACAGAGAAUCUACUCAAGUUCACUUCUGAAGAUAAUAUUAAUACGGUUGCAAUUGGUAAAUGGAUAGCCGCAAUAGAUGAUGAAAUUGGUUUUAUAAAAUUUAGCAAGAAUUUCUUUUUAUAUGGAUUUGAUGCAGUAGAUAAAUUAGGAUUUAUUCGAUCUGGAGAGGAUGCUAGACCUCAUUUGUAUUGUGAAAAGUUAUUGGAUGUUCUUGAUCCACUACAAAAACAGACCAAGGAAUAUUUGAAUCAAGUUAUUGAAUUUAUGGCAAACUCUUUUUUCGAUCCAACUCCUUUAGUUAGAAAAUCAAAGAAUUCACCUAAACGUAAAUCACCAAAAACAAACCCACCUGUAAUCUCAUCAUCAUCAGAGACACUACAACCAAUCGAUAAACUAUCAAUUUCUCUUCCCAUCACCAAUGAUGAAAUAUUAGUUAACAAUACAAUUAAGACUCCAUUUGUUGAUAUGGCAGAGACUCUAAUUGAUGGUUUCAAGGAUGAUACCAAUGAAGUUUGUGAAAAUUUCGAUAAGACAAAUGAUAAUGAAGAUCAAUCAUGUGAACAACAUCCAAUUCAUAAAAAUGAGUCUCCAAUUUAUCAUAAUUCUAUUUUAAAUAAUCUCAAUCAAAGAGCAAGAAACACAUACGAUCAAUUAUUUUUUCCUACUUGUAAGCAAGAUAAUUGGAUAGAUUUAUCUAAAAUUCAAGGAUUAAUAUCAGCUUUGGGUGGUAGAUUGGAAGGAGUUCGUGGUUCUAGAUUUGCAAUUUAUUUAAAUGGCAAAAAAUGUCCAAAUGUAAUUGAAAUUAGACAUGGUAGAGAUAAAAGUGGAACACUUUAUCCACUUUCUAUUCUAUUAUUAAGAAACAAUUUAGAUCAAGCUGGUUUGUCACCUCCAAAAGAUCAAUGGCAAAAUCCUUUUAAUCCAGAAUUUAGAAAGUUAAUUCUUUCAGCUUUUAAUAAAAAGUAA